ACAUGACCGGAAGUGCCACUCAGGAUUGUUGCUAAUGCUAAUGGCCCGGAACGGUAAAGCAGCACUCCGAAGAUGGCCGGGGUGUUUGAGGUGGAGGUUGAUGGUGUAGAGCAUGACCAUGGACUCCCGCAUCACGAUGAGCCGCACCAGUUGGAUUUGUCCAAGCUUUCACCAGAAGAGAAGUGGAGGGUGGAGCAUGCAAGAAUGCACGCCAAACACGAAGGUCAUGCGGCCAUGCACGCCGAGAUGGUGCUUAUCCUCAUCGUCACCCUCGUCGUCGCACAGCUAGUCCUCGUGCAGUGGAAACAGAGACAUUCAAAGUCAUACAAUCUGGUGACUCUGUUCCAGAUGUGGGUAGUUCCUCUCUACUUCACCACAAAACUUCACUGGUGGAGGUUCCUGAGCACGUGGUUCAUCUUCUCCGUCAUCACAGCGUACAUCUCUUUCCGUGCCACUCGCAAGCCCCUGGCCUGCACCACACCCAGGUUGGUGUAUAAGUGGUUCCUCCUUCUCUACAAGAUCAGCUAUGGCACAGGAAUAGCCGGCUACACUGUGGUCAUGUUUACACUUUUUGGUAUCAACCUUAUAUUCAGGAUAAAGCCAGAGGACGCGAUGGACUUUGGCGUCUCACUACUAUUCUACGGUCUGUACUACGGGGUCCUGGGGAGGGACUUUGCAGAGAUGUGUGCAGACUUCAUGGCUUCCACUGUUGGGUACUACAGUGCAUCUGGCAUGCCAACCAAGCACCUCUCUGACAAUAUCUGUGCAGUGUGUGGGCAGCCCAUCCUCGUAGAUGUCAGCGAGGAGGGGAUUAUCGAGAACACGUACAGAUUAUCCUGCAACCAUGUAUUCCAUGAGUUCUGCAUAAGAGGAUGGUGUAUCGUCGGAAAGAAGCAGAUGUGUCCGUACUGCAAAGAGAAGGUGGAUCUGAAGAGGAUGUUCAGCAACCCCUGGGAGAGGCCACAUGUCAUGUAUGGACAACUUUUGGACUGGCUUCGGUACUUGGUGGCGUGGCAGCCUGUUAUCAUUGGAUUUGUGCAAGGCAUCAACUACGUCCUGGGUCUGGAGUGACCUGCGAUGCAGAAAGGGACAAAACACGCCACACGGAGAUGAUAUGCACUGGCUCAAAAGACUGAGGGCCUAACAUUGAACUAAAACACCAAUAAAAGUGUCUAUACUUUUUGUGUAUAUAUUUAUAGGCACAUAUUGUCUGUAUUUACAGUUUAUUUGAAUUUUAUUGGUAAAUCUCAAUUUGGAUGUCAGUCAGUUUCCCAGGAUUUGUUUCACACAGCGUUACACUUGAUAAUUGUUCGGUGCAUCUUUCAGUAUGGCCUAGUAAAGCGGUUCUAAAAAUCAUUAGAGGGGUGCUUUUUACUAAUUUAUGUCUUAAGUGUUUGUUUAUUCUUAGUAAAAAGAUCCUGCUGGAGUUUGACUUUGUCCUCAUGUCUGAUGGCUAUCACACAUGAGUAAUAAAGAUUAAAUGGAAACACAAGUA